UCCCUUCUCAGAGGCGUCAGGCCAGCCACGCGCUCUCUGUUCCCACCCAGCUGGCCAGAUGCCAAGGGCAGGGCGAGGAAAACGUGGUACGAGCAGGAUGAACUAAAUUUGUGUUAAAAAGAAAAAAAAAAGCAAGCGGGGGCAGUCGGAAGAAGUCCUGAGCGCCAGGGAGACAGAUCGACUGCACUUCUGCCCAGCCCUGCGCUGCCAACAGCUUCCAGGAUGAGUUUCCUUCUCUUUGCGGUCACAGCCCUCCACGUUCUUAUCCUCAUCUUACUCUUUGUAGCCACCUUGGACAAGUCAUGGUGGGUUCUGCCUGAUAGAGAAACAGUGAACAUCUGGUAUGAAUGUUUGAUAGAAAACCAGCGCCAGAACUGGACAUGUCAUCCAGUGUCUGAUAGUAAAUGGCUUCAUGGAGUCCAAGCGUUCAUGGUUUUAAGCCUUCUCUUCUCCAGCUUGGCUUUCAUUAUUUUCAUGUGGCAACUCUACACGAUGAAGCGGGGAAGCCUGUUUUAUGCCACAGGAAUUUUCCAGAUAUUGACUGCUGUCUCGGUGUUCACAGCUGCCUUGAUCUACACUAUCCAUGUGGACACGUUCCAGCGUGGCCGAAUGCCUGGCGGCUCUUACGGUCACUGUUUCAUACUAGCCUGGCUGUCUUUUCCCUUGGCCCUCAUCAGUGGGAUUGUCUACAUCCACCUUCGGAAAAAAGAGUGACUGACAAUAGGGAAACCUCUCCGUUUAUCUUGGAAGGAGACUUGUUCUGCUUUCAAUUUAGCUAUGCAUUCAUUCUUUGCAGUUUUUGAAAGCACUCGUGGCACAAAAUUCUAUGCAAUGGGUAACUUGAUCCGUGGGAGUUCUUGCACUGUAAGUGCCUGAUUUUCGUUUUGCAUACGGGUAGUCCUCGACUUAUGACCACAAUUGAACCCAACAUAUCCGUUGCUCAGCAAGACAGCUUUGAAGUGAGUGGGGCCCCAUUUUAUGAUCUUUUUGCUACAAUUGCUAAGCGAAUCACUGCAGUUAUUAAAUGAAUCAUGUGGUCCUUAAGGGAAUCCAGCUUCCCCAUUGACCUUGUUUGCCAGAAGCCAGAUGGGAAAGAUACAAAUGAUGAUCAGAUGAUCCUGGGAUAGUGCAACUGUCAUAAAUACAUGCUAAUUGCGAAGCACCCAAAUUUUGAUCAGGUGACCACGGGGCCCUUAAGUAUGAAAAACGGUCAUAAGUAACUUUUUUUUCAGUGCUUUUGUAACUUCAAAUGAUCAGUAAACAAAUGGUUGUAAGUCAAGGACUACCUGUAUUUUUAUAUACCUCCCAUGAUAUGGGAAGUUAAAGGUGUGCCAUCAUACACUGGGCAUUGCUUUAGUCUCUGAGAGGUUACCAUGAAAUACAUGAAUAUUUUGCUGGCAAAAUGAUAUGACAUGCCAUCCUAUCAGCCUAUUCUCCUAAUAUCUGGAGAAAGGUUUGCUUCUUCUUUUUUGUAAUUAUGUACAUGUAGAUUAUAGUCCCCUUUUACUUUUGCAAAUGAGGGAACAAUAUAUUCCUCCUGUAGUGUUUUUUUUUUAAAUAAUAAUAAUAAUCUCCCUUUUUGAUAACCUGCAGUAUGGCAGUCAACCCCUCCAACUUUUUUUAUAAAAUCAAUUUUUAUUUGAAAUACAUAUUUUAAUGGGAAAAACAUGAAGAUGCAUUGGUAGUGCAGAUAUAAAAUAUAUUUCUUUUUUAAGUUUCCGCAAAUGGAAGGCAAAUUGAAAUACAAUGUAAAAGGAUUCUCGUGUUUGUUUUUUAAACUCAUUUUAAAAUGGUGGUUAAAUAAGAAUCUGUUUUAUAAUUUGUUGGUUUUAUUGCAGAUACUUCUGUCUUUUCACAUUUGCCUCUUGGGAGAUAAAAUACUGUGUGGAUAAAAUUCCUAUUAAAUUGCAGUUGGAAAAAUCACUUUAAAGUUUGAAGAACAAGCCACAGGAGUCUCUGCUUAUUGCAUGUUCAGAAAAGUUUUGAAUAAUCUUUUAAAAAGUGUUCUCUUAUUAUUGUAUAUGUAGGAGCAUUUGUGAGGGAGGUCAAAAAAAUCAAGAUGGCAGCCAUGACUGCAAUUGAUCCUUUUUGUAUACAGCACUGAUACAAAAUUAGUGAGCUUCAAUUAUGUACUUGCUAUUGUACAGCCAUUUCUACUUUAAAAAAAAAAAAAACCUCCAUUCCCACAGAUUAGCUUCAUCCAAUCUUUGGAAUGCUUCCCUUUCAGAAUAUUCUACUUAGGAAAAAGUCAAUAGGGAAAAUAAUUACUUAUCCCACAAUAGAUUUGUGGGAUAAAUAAAGGAUUUGUUCAAUGGGAUAUUCUUUAUUUUGUAUCUAAGAUCUUUGUUACUAUUUCUUAAAAUAGUACAGGUAGUCCUCAUUUAGCAACCAAAGCUGGGACUGGCAACUCAGUAAUUAAGCAAAACAGUCACUAAAUGAAAACACGACUGCUUGUGAUCUUACUUCAGCUUCCCUUUGCUUUACAAAUCUGUAAAGGCCAUAAACAUAGAGAAUUGACUGCAAAGUUAUUUUUUCAUCACCAUAACAACUGCGAAUAGACACUAAAUGAGGUGGUCGCUAAACAAGGACUACCUAUAACUUUCAGUAACUUUAUUCAAUGAGUUACAACCAAUUGUAACAAUCUAUUCGGUGGAUAUACAUUGGCAACAGUAUUUGUUCUCACUCACAUUAAAAUACAUCAGGUUUUUGUUUUUUUCUAGCUUUUUCCAAAUGUUUCUCCCUAUAUUCUCAACCUCCUGGCUGAGAAUUACAGGGAUUGUAGGCUGAAUAUCCAAAAAUCUGCAGUUUAAGGAAUGUUCACAAAAUUAUACUUGUGUACCAUCUUUCUUCAACAGGUUUGCUUUUCCUUCAACUUGAUUGCUAGUGCCAUAAUUGAUGGUUCUACCAAUGUCCCUUUUUGUCUUCUUCCAAUGGCUUUUAUAUUUUAUACUUAUUUUAGAAAUUAAAAAGCAAUGAAAAGA